AUGAUGCUGGAAAAAUUCGCCCAGCGUCAUGAGGAUUGCGUGCUUUUUGCAUCGCCUCAGCAUGCGUCACAAUGUCGUGACUUCAUGCGCGCUAUGAAACAGCGCGAAUCGCCAGGCUCCCCCACACUGCCUGUCCGCGUUGUCCGCUUUUCCGUACUAGCACACCCGACCCAGGACAGCACUACGGUACGUGUUCCGGACCCCUCGGAUGCCACCAUCCGUCUGUACAUUGUGCUCUUUGACCGCGACGUGUUCCCACUCGCGAAACAAUUCUGGCAGCACACUGGCGUAGGGAUUUCAAGCCGUAUUGCUGACGAAUGCAUGCGGAUUCUGGCGCAUAACGAAGCGCUUCUUGAGCCCUGCGGCGGCCGUUGUGCACCCAGUCCAUCUCUUGGACCGCGCCGUGGCUCCUCCUCAUCCGCAUCAGCCUCAGCCGGUGUGACUGCUCGUGGCGGUGGAUUUGGCCGCACACGCUAUCAAUCACGAGGAAUAGAUGCAUGGGGUUCCUCAGUGCCUUCGUCACGACGCACGUCCCGAAGUUCCUCGACAGCGGCACUUCAUGAACCAGCUGCUUCCGAAGACGAAGAGCUCGCAUAUGAGCAUGACGUGUUUGUAGAAGAGCGCUUUGGGCGUAAUUUGCCGAUCGCACUUGCCCAAGAUGCGAAGAUCGCAUUGCGCAGGCGCAUUGCUGGUACACUCGUGGGCGAAUUGGCAGAAGAACCUGUUGAACGCGCAGUAAGUGCUCGCCAAGUGUCGGGUGUUAGCGAGAACGACGUCUUUUUGUUCCCUACUGGAAUGAAUAGCAUCUAUCAUGCACACCAAACCCUCAUGCUAGAGCGUGCGAUGAUACAGCAAGGCGUUCCGAUGACGAAGAAGGCUAUCCAAGCAGCCAUGCGUACAAUGGCGGAUCCCAGCUUUGUCGGACCUAAACAAACCAUUGGAAAAUCAGUAUGCUUUGGUUUCCCGUACACGGACACGCUUAAGGUGUUGCAAAAGUGGGGUCCCGGGUGCCACUUCUUCGGGCGUGGCACGGACGAUGACUUGGACAAGCUUGAGGCACUUCUUGCCCAGCAAGACGACCAAGCGCCCAAAAUCCAUGCGCUCUUCUGUGAAUUCCCUAGCAAUCCUUUGCUUCGAUCUGCAGACCUGCCGCGAAUUCGACGACUCGCCGACAAGUAUGACUUUUCCGUGGUGAUUGACGAGACGGUCGGCAACUUUGUGAAUGUGGAAGUAUUGCCGUACGCCGACAUGGUGGUAUCCAGUCUAACGAAGGUGUUCUCCGGCGAUUGUAAUGUGAUGGGUGGCUCCCUCGUACUGAAUCCACAGUCAAAACGCGUUGAAUCUUUGAGAGCCGUCUUGUCAGCAAACUAUCAAGACACAUUCUGGAUGGAAGAUGCAAUCUUCCUUGAGCGGAACUCGCGCGACUUUGUUGCUCGUAUUUCGCGCAUCGACCGCAAUGCUGAGGCCAUUUCUGACUAUAUGUUUUCUCAAAGCCAAGCUGGCGGUAUGAAAGACAGUAUCAUUUCGUCUGUGUACUAUCCCAAAUACGUGACACGACAUCACUACGAGACGUGCCGUCGGAAGCAGCCCUAUGAUACCAGCAGUGAAGGGGCGAAGCAAGGUGGCUUUGGCGGACUUUUGUCAAUUGAAUUUGUCACCAGUACCACAGCGCAGGUGUUUUAUGACUCCCUCGCUUGUGCCAAAGGACCGUCGCUGGGCACAAACUGCACGUUGGCAUGUCCUUACACAUUGCUUGCACAUUACGCAGAACUGGACUGGGCUGCUGAGAUGGAUGUGAGUGACAAGCUUGUGCGUGUUAGCAUUGGUCUGGAAGAGACCAAUGCAUUACUGCACGUCUUUGCGACAGCGUUAGAUGCAGCGCGCCAAGCCCAGGCUCAGGCUCAGACUGUAUAA